AUGUCUCGGGGAGUGAUCCAGCCCAGCCAGCAGAAACUGGCAGAAAAGCUCACCAUCCUCAACGACAGAGGCAUCGGGAUGUUGACCCGUGUUUACAAUAUCAAAAAGGCAUGUGGCGAUCCCAAGGCUAAGCCCUCCUAUCUCGUUGAUAAGAACUUGGAGUCUGCGGUUAAAUUUAUCGUCAGGAAGUUCCCCGCGGUGGAGACGCGGAAUAAUAACCUGGCUCAGCUGCAGAAGGAGAAGUCAGAGAUUCUGAAGAACCUGGCUCUCUACUAUUUUACCUUUGUAGAUGUCAUGGAAUUCAAGGACCAUGUGUGUGAGCUGCUGAACACCAUCGACGCCUGCCAGGUCUUCUUUGAUAUUACGGUGAACUUUGACCUGACCAGGAACUACCUGGACCUGGUGGUGACUUACACUACUCUUAUGAUAAUACUGUCGCGCAUAGAGGAGAGGAAAGCCAUCAUAGGACUGUACAACUAUGCCCACGAGAUGACACACGGAGCCAGUGACCGGGAGUACCCCAGGUUGGGCCAGAUGAUUGUGGAUUAUGAAAACCCUUUGAAGAAGAUGAUGGAGGAGUUUGUUCCACAUGGGAAGUCCCUGUCAGAUGCGUUGAUCAGUCUUCAGAUGGUCUACCCGAGGAGGAAUCUGUCCGCCGACCAAUGGAGGAACGCCCAGCUGCUCUCUCUCAUCUCUGCCCCCUCCACCAUGCUCAAUCCUGCGCAGUCAGACACUAUGCCGUGUGAAUAUCUGUCACUGGACACAAUGGAGAAGUGGAUUGUUUUUGGUUUCAUCCUGUGCCAUGCGGUGCUGAACAGCGAUGCGGCAGCGCUGUCUUUGUGGAAGCUGGCUCUGCAAAGCUCCACCUGCCUCUGUCUGUUCAGGGAUGAAGUCUUCCACAUCCACAAGGCCGCAGAGGAUCUGUUUGUGAACAUCAGAGGGUACAACAAACGCAUCAACGACAUCAGAGAGUGCAAAGAACAGGCCCUGUCUCACGCAGGCUCCAUGCACAGAGAGAGACGCAAGUUCCUCAGAUCAGCUCUGAAGGAGUUGGCUACUGUUUUAGCUGAUCAGCCUGGACUGCUAGGUCCUAAGGCACUAUUUGUGUUCAUGGCAUUGUCGUUCGCCCGUGACGAGAUCAUCUGGCUGCUUCGACACGCAGACAACAUCCAGAAGAAAAGCACGGAUGACUUCAUAGACAAACACAUAGCAGAGUUGAUCUUCUACAUGGAGGAGCUCAGAGCUCACGUCAGGAAGUACGGUCCGGUCAUGCAGCGAUAUUACGUCCAGUACCUGUCCGGUUUUGAUGCCGUGGUGCUGAAUGAACUGGUGCAGAACCUGUCUGUGUGUCCAGAGGAUGAGUCUAUUAUCAUGUCUUCAUUUGUCAACACUAUGACCUCUCUCAGUGUCAAGCAAGUGGAGGAUGGAGAGGUGUUUGACUUCAGAGGCAUGAGACUGGACUGGUUCAGACUGCAGGCCUACACAAGUGUCUCUAAAGCCAGUCUCGGUAUUGCCGAUCACAAGGAACUUGGCAAAAUGAUGAACACCAUCAUCUUCCACACAAAGAUGGUGGAUUCCCUGGUGGAGAUGCUGGUGGAGACAUCAGACCUGUCUAUUUUCUGCUUCUACAGCCGUGCGUUUGAAAAGAUGUUUCAGCAGUGCUUGGAGCUUCCGUCCCAGAGCCGGCACUCCAUCUGCUUCCCUCUGCUCUGCACGCACUUCAUGUCCUGUACACACGAGCUCUGUCCUGAGGAGCGUCACCACAUAGGGGAUCGAAGCCUGUCGCUGUGUAACAUGUUUCUGGAUGAGAUGGCCAAACAGGCCAGAAACCUUAUCACCGACAUCUGCACUGAACAGUGUACACUCAGCGACCAGCUGCUCCCCAAGCACUGUGCGAAAACCAUCAGCCAGGCCGUGAACAAGAAGAGCAAGAAGGCGACGGGGAAGAAAGGCGAGCCGGAGAGGGAGAAACCAGGAGUGGAGAGCAUGAGGAAGAACAGACUACUGGUCACCAACUUGGAUAAACUCCACACAGCGCUGUCUGAACUCUGCUUCUCCAUCAACUACGUUCCCAACCUGGUGGUCUGGGAGCACACUUUCACGCCAAGAGAGUACCUCACCUCGCACCUGGAGAUCCGAUUCACCAAGUCCAUAGUUGGGAUGACCAUGUACAACCAGGCAACUCAGGAGAUUGCCAAGCCCAGCGAGUUGCUGACCAGCGUCCGGGCCUACAUGACGGUGCUGCAGUCCAUAGAGAACUACGUCACCAUCGACAUCACCCGGGUCUUCAACAAUGUCCUCCUGCAGCAGACGCAGCACCUGGACAGCCACGGGGAACCCACCAUCACCAGCCUGUAUACAAACUGGUACUUGGAGACGUUGCUCCGUCAGGUCAGUAACGGACACAUCGCCUACUUCCCUGCCAUGAAGGCCUUCGUCAACCUGCCCACCGAGAACGAACUGACAUUCAACGCUGAGGAAUACUCCGACAUCUCUGAGAUGCGUUCUCUGUCGGAGCUGUUGGGGCCGUACGGUAUGAAGUUCCUCAGUGAGAGUCUGAUGUGGCACAUCUCGUCACAGGUCGCAGAGUUGAAGAAACUGGUGGUAGAGAACAUGGAGGUGUUGACCCAGAUGAGGACGAGCUUUGACAAACCGGACCACAUGGCCGCGCUCUUCAAGAAACUCACCUCUGUGGACAGUGUUUUGAAGAGAAUGACCAUCAUUGGAGUAAUUUUGUCCUUCCGCUCCCUUGCUCAAGAGGCUCUGAGAGAUGUGUUAUCCUGUCAUAUUCCUUUCCUGGUCAGUUCGGUAGAAGAUUUCAAGGACCACAUUCCCCGAGAGACAGACAUGAAGGUGGCCAUGAACGUCUACGAGCUGUCAUCAGCAGCAGGUUUACCCUGCGAGAUCGACCCAGCUCUGGUGGUGGCUCUGUCCUCACAAAAAAGUGAGAACAUCAGUCCAGAGGAGGAGUAUAAGAUCGCCUGCCUGCUAAUGGUGUUUGUGGCCGUUUCAUUGCCAACGCUGGCCAGCAACGUGAUGUCCCAGUACAGCCCUGCCAUCGAAGGCCACUGUAACAACAUCCACUGCCUGGCCAAAGCCAUCAACCAGAUCGCUGCUGCUCUCUUCACCAUCCACAAGGGAAGCAUAGAGGACCGCCUGAAAGAGUUCCUGGCCCUGGCCUCAUCCAGCCUAUUGAAGAUCGGCCAGGAGACGGACAAGAUGACGACACGUAACAGAGAAUCUGUCUACCUGCUGCUGGACAUGAUCGUGCAGGAGUCUCCCUUCCUGACCAUGGACCUGCUGGAGUCCUGCUUCCCCUACGUCCUGCUGCGAAACGCCUACCACGCCGUGUAUAAACAGAGCAUCAGCGCUAAUGCAUAGAAACCGCGUGAGCACACAGCAGAGGCCUGCCGUGCUGUCUGCCAGUAGAGCGUCAGCGCUCACACUACAUCAAAUACACACUAACAGCAUACAGUAAAGACAAACAAACUAAACACACUAAACUAUGCCUACAAUGCCUCAACGUGCUAUCCUGACAACAGAAACCCGUCGGCGUCGACGCGUACGCAGAAGCGCCGACGCACGCGACACACUAAACGUGUAGCAUUUAAACAAGUCCACUCUAAAUACAGAACAAAUACUGUACACUAAAACGCCAAAAGAACACGUAAAACACACACACACACACACACAAUUCAUUGCACAAAGAUGACGACAAAAAAAACAAAACACUGAAAUUAGACAAAUAUGAGCAGAAACGUGAACACGCAGAUGCACACAGAUGCACACAGAUGCACACAGAUGCACACAGAUGCACACAGAUGCACACAGAUACACACAGAUACACACUAGCUGGAUGAAGUUGGGGGAUCAGUGUCUUUAUUUUAAUCAUUGUACUUUUUUCAUGAUGUUGCCAGGGACCAUAACCAUAGCAACACAUAAUAUACCAUAUGUUUGGUUGGUAUAAAAGAACAAAAAUAUAAAUAUAUAUAUAGUUGACACUAAAAUAUUCUCUUUUUUGUUUUUUUUGUUUUUCUUUUUCUCUUUGAUGAAAGCUUUGAGAUUUUUAGUGGCCGGCUGACAGCUUCUAUGUGGUGAUGGAUUUGGAUGCUUACUUUGGGAAUGCAAAUGGUUCUGAUGUGAUGUGGGGUUAUCAUUAUUAUUAUUAUUAUUAUUAUUAUUAUUAUUAUUAUUAUUUCUUUUCUUUUUUUUUUCGCUGGGCAGGUGAGGAUUCCUGUGUUGAUAAUGAAAGACAUGUUGCUUGUUAAUAUAAGUUUACACACACACACACACACACACACACACACACACACACACACACACACACACACACACACACACACACACACACGCGUGCAGACAGACAGACAUCCUGAGCAGAUAUAAAACUACAAACACACUAAUCCUUCAACAUUUCCCGGUGAGCGGAGGCGCGCACACACACACACACACACAAACACACACAGACAGAGAUACACACAUGUAUAACAUGGUGAUGUUUUCUUUCUUUUUUUCUAGCUAGUCGUAACAAACUUUUUGGUGGGUAAAGAUAUAAUAUCUGUAUUCUACUUUGAUGUGAACUGAACUUGUCUGUUUUUAAUGUUCAUGUCUUGUUAUUUUUAUGAUGACGACGAAGAUAACGACGAUUUGCCAAAUGUGUUGACACUAAAAAUUGCGCGUCAGGGCUUGGAAGUGGUGGAGUGUUUGGGUAUUAAUGAGUGAAAUGCCAUUUUAAAUGUUCGGAUGAUUCUGUAAACAAUCCGCCUGAGCCUGCGGCAGCUCGGUUGACCGAAGGGGUUACACAGGAACUUUUACAGUGGGAACAAACUUAGAUAAAAAAGUAAAAAAAAAAACAAAAAACUGCAGUAAUAGGACAAUAUAGGCACGGAGCGGGCAUCCCAUCCUGCUGUCGGAGACCCUCGGUGCGCCUGCAAGAAUUCCCCUCAGCUGUUGUUGUUGUUUAACUCUCCUGAUUAAGUUAAGGGCCAGUAGGUGCUACUCCUUUUCUCCAGUGGUGUAAAGUAGAAAUGAACAAACCAGUAAAAAGUAUAAUUUAUGUUAACUCUUGCAAAAAUAAUUUCUGACUUCUGCAAAAAAAAAAAAAAAAAGGCUUAAAUGUUCAAUUU